AUGGCAGAACCAUCAGCAGCCGCGCCGCUACUACAACAGCGACAAACCUCAUAUAACUCAAUAUCUCCACAUAGCGAUAGCGAAACCGCAGGAUAUAUUCAACCCAGCCGUGAUGUAGAAGACGAUGUCCUCCCCGAGACAUCCACCAUCGGCCGCAACCUCUCAUGGCAGAGCGCCUACGUCCUCGUAAUAUCCCGCGUCGUCGGCAGCGGUAUCUUUGCCACGCCCGGCACAAUCGUACAAUCUGUCGGAAGCCCUGGUCUAUCUCUAUCACUCUGGCUUCUCGGCGCCUUUAUCGCCGCGUGUGGUCUUAGUGUGUCUCUCGAGUUUGGCUGCAUGUUACCCCGGUCCGGAGGCGAUAAAGUUUACCUUGAGUUUGCGUACCGACGUCCCAGAUUGCUCGCUUCGACGCUGUUUGCCAUGUAUGCAGUGAUCCUCGGAUUUACGGCGAGUAAUUGUGUUGUGUUUAGCCAGUAUGCUUUGUUUGCGCUCGGAGUUGAUGAACCGAGCGAUGGGUUGAGGAAGAGUCUUGCUGUGGGAUUACUUACCUUCGUGUGUGUUACGCACAGUGUUUUCCCAAAGGCGGGAAUCAAGAUACAAGAUGUCCUCGGCUGGGUCAAGAUUGGCAUCAUAGUUUUCAUGAUACUCUCGGGUUUUUACGUUGUCAUUAUCCGACCGGAUACAAGCGCUGCUCCGACAGGGCAACUUUCGUGGGAGCAUCUAUGGGAUGACAGCAGCUGGAGCUGGGGAGUUAUUGCAACGAGUCUUUUCAAAGUCUUUUACUCCUUCGCAGGUCUUGACAACGCUGCGAAUGUCAUGAACGAGGUCAAGCAUCCGGUGCGGACUUUGAGAUCUGUCGCGUUGACUGCGUUGGCUACAUCAUGUGGUAUGUACAUGCUCAUCAAUGUGGCAUACCUGUUGGUAGUACCGAUCGGGGAGAUCAGACAGAGUGGUGAACUUAUCGCUGCGCUGUUUUUCGAAAGGUUGUUUGGAGCGAGUUUUGGGCGGAUUGUUCUUCCUACUGCUGUAGCGUUGUCUGCGAUUGGUAAUGUCAUGGUUGUUGCUUUCGCUAUGGCCCGUACGAAGCAAGAGGUUGCGCGACAAGGUUUCAUUCCCUACUCUUCUAUUCUAUCUUCCUCUCGACCAUUCAAUUCACCCACGGGUGGCUUUUUCAUUCACUACAUACCAUCAUUUCUCGUCAUGGUGCUCCCACCGUCCAACACAAUCUACUCAUUCAUUCUGGAUAUCGAUGGCUACGCAGCGUCCAGACCUCAAGCGACCGUUUAA